UGCUAUGCCACGUCGUCUACUUGCAUGUGUCAGAUGUGUUAUACGUAAACAAACUUAUGACCGGUUAGACUUCUUAUUUCAUGUAAAAAUAAAAGGAAACAAAUAGGAUAUGGCAGACCAGACAGUUGCAAAAGAGGAUAUCUUGGAGAACGAAUUCUAUCAUCAGUUCUUGUCAGAGAAAUUUGAUGUAAAAGAACAUGCCAGCCAAGUCCUGCAAGGUUCUAUUGUGUCAGAACAACUGGCCAAGUUAGCUGAAGGUUUAUCUUUGCUGGAUAAAACAAUACAGAAUCAAGUAUCAGAGCAUUAUGAGGAUCUACUGAAGCAUGCCACGGGAAUUGAAACCCUUGAGAAUGUUUUAUCAAUGAUGCAAAACCACAUUCAAGGCUUUUCAGCAUCCAUUGAAAGGAUCAGAGCCAGAAUCACUGAGCCUCAUGACAAGCUGCAAACACAAACUUUAAUGCUGAGUCGACUUCAGGUGUCAUGUGAACUGCUGAGGAGGAUCAUUCGCAUCUUAUCUCUUUCUAAGAGACUUCAAGCUCAAUUGCAAGCAGGCUCUAAGGAAAUUACAAAGACUGCCCAAACAUUAAGUGAGCUAGAUCAACUGAACAAGGAUGUCGAUUUAUCCGGAGUGGAAGUCAUCGAAAAAGAUCAAAAAAUUAUUCUUCGUGCAAGAAUUGAAGUUGAAAAACAAGCUAAACAAAUGCUUCAAAAAGGUCUCGAAGCACAAAAUCAAAGCCAGGUUGGCACGGCCCUGCAAGUAUUCCAUAAUUUAGGAAUCUUGGAAUCGAUGGUAGAAUCGGUUCUGGAGAACGCGAGAGAAACCCUUCACAGCGGGUUGAAACGCGCCUUAGACGUGGAACAGUUGUCACAGCUCUCAACUAGCAGCAGCUCGAACAGUUUUCAUCAAAUUGAUGGCAAAUUUAGAGGUCCGGGUAGAGUGGCCAUGCCUGUGACUGGAAGCAGCCCUGCUUUCCGGACGGCCCUUUGGGCGAACAUGGAGAGGUUGAUGGAUCAGAUAUUUAACAGUUGUGCUCAGGUGCAACAUUUGCAAAAAGUUUUGGCGAAAAAACGCGACCCGGUGACUCACGUUUGCUUCCUGGAGGAGCUUAAUCAGAAUCGCAACACGCAUUUAGUGCAGCGCUUCUGGACCCAAGUAACUGGAUUGCUUACCCAAGAAUUCAACAAAGCUGCCAAUGAAUCGUCUCAUAUCAAACAAGCUUUCGAAGCGGAAUAUCCCAAACUGUUGAGAAUGUCUGCCGAUCUCUGGGGCAAGUUGCAACAGUUCCAUCAAGAAAUUAGCGCCGCUUCCAACGCUGCCAACUUGGCAAAUGACGAAUACCUCGACGAAGAACAAAACACUACUGCCACCAACCAAUUCAAUGCGGAAACAGCCCUACGGCGGAGUUUGGCGACAUUCCAAAACGCCUACCUUUCCCGUUCCCUGUCCCGUCUCUUUGAUCCCGUCAACCUGAUGUUCUCGUCAGGUGGAAAUGAGGGCUUACCCUCAUCGGACGAGUGCGAUAAUCUAAUCAAGAUUAUCCAAAGUGAGUUGACAGUUUCAUUGGUUGAUCCGAAACUGGGCCAUUUGGUGACGAAGAACGUCACGAAAACCAUCCAAAUGAUGGCCGUCAAAGCGGAAAAUCUAAUCCUUUCGGACGGGGAUGCGUCACAAGUGAUCGGUCCACCUACGGCCGCUCAAAAGACGAACGCCGGAGCUGUAAAUUUAUUGCAUCAAUUCGACCGGAAUCUGAGACGCGCCGUGGUUUCUUUGCCCGGCCUACCCGAAGAUUGCGUUACGGCAGUUACCGAUUCUCUCAGGCACAUCGCCACGCUCAUGCGAAAUUCGAUUCAGCCGUUGCUGACCUCAUUGACGGAUGCAAUCGAAGCCAUCCUGUUGACAAUGCAUGACGAAGAUUUCUCCAGCGCUCAUCCUCCUGAAAGUGGGGCCGCAUCCGCCCCUUGCUCUCUGUACAUGAAAGAAUUGCAGAAUUUCAUGUCGCGUUCGGCCGGCGAUUACUUUUCUCUCUACCACUCGCCGGAUUUCCUCCGCGAAGAGCUACGAGCAGUUGCUACCAGGUGCUUGGAUUUGUUUGUCCGUCACGCGAGUUUGUUACGACCUUUGGGCGAUGGUGGUAAAAUGAAACUAGCAGCCGAUUUUGCGCAGAUGGAACUGGCCAUAUCUUCGUUUUACGACCGGCCGACAGAGUUGGGCCGCUCCUAUCGCGUCCUGCGCUCCUUCCGUCCACUGCUCUUUCAGACUGUAGAACAUCUGGCUCAAUCACCAGCCGUCGGUGACGUCAUUCCAUACAGCCUUGUUUUGCAUUUCUUAUUUGCACGCGCUCCGGCGGAAUUGAAAUCUCCUCACCAGGGAGCUGGAUGGUCGGUCGUUCGUUAUUCGAAAUGGCUGGACGAACACGCAACAGAGAAGGAGCGUCUGUCAGUUAUCCAGGGCGCACUCGAGUCUUACGUUCAAGGCGUUAAACAAAGGCAAGCAAAAGAAUUUGCCAAAGAGUACGCCAUCAUGGUCCAGCUGCUUCAAAAAGCACUUGCUAGUUUGUAAUAAAUUUUACAAAAUAAAUUCAAAUUUCUACCAACAG